AUGACGAACGCACCCAACCGAUUCGACCUGUUCAUCCUCGGUCCGGAUGAGAAGCGCGUCGAGAUCGUCGAAGACACCAAGAUUCCCAACGCCGCCACCUUCUGGUUCAACAAGGAAGACCACACGCUCGGCAACAUGCUUCGUCACGCCGUGCUCGCCAACCCCGCCGUCCUGUUUUGCGGAUACAAAGUACCCCACCCCCUCGAACCCAAAGUGUUUGUCAAGAUCCAGACAGACGGCUCAAUAACGCCCACCGAUGCCCUCAAGCAGGGCUCGCAGAAACUCAUUGCACAGAUCAGUUCCUUGAAGGGCGCAUGGCGUACAGAGGUGCAGAUGAGCGGUGCUGGCACCGUAGACGUGGGCGGUUUCGGUCGGCAAGAUCCGUUCGAUCCGACUGGUCAAGCGUACGGCAAUGAAGGCGCUAGUGGCUACGUCGACAUUUAG